UACACCGCACAUCGCGAUUAAUUCUCGAAAACGAAACUGCACAUGUGACGCAUUGGCGUUGAAUCGCGCGUGAGGUUACGAUGCGAAAAAAAAGCGUAGCGCCGGAGCUAGCAGACAUUUCCUCCUUUUUGUCGGCCACCGCGGUCUCGUGGGUGUUCCUUGCGCAUAGUUAAGGACCGCAAUAUAACCCACGAGUCCGUCUCAAAUCCGCGAAUUAUCGCGCGUGUGAACUCGGAAAUCCGUCAUUCGUCGUAUGUCGGUGUUGGAACGCAGCCGCGGCAGCUCGAACCAGCGAAGCCGAAACUGAGAUGGCGGAGUCGGUGCAGCCGCAGCAGCAGAGGCAGGCACGAGCUCAACAAAGGCAUCAACUAGUGGCCGCUGAUUGGCUGAGCCGAACCACGUGACUGGAACCAACGCAACAGAGAAGGAAAUCACUUUACAGUGGGAAGUUCUGACGUGUUUUCAGUCCUGAGUGGCAGGUGGAUCAGAUCCAGGCGGCCCUUGAGGAAGAGGAGUUGAUGAGGAGGAGGAGCCAUGUCGGCCCCGUGGCGUGAUGAUGAAGAAGAGUUCAAGGUGGGAGGAGUGAAAGGAAUGUUGAGAUCCAAACCGAGGUUCUCCCUCACCGAGGUCAAGCUGUUGCUGGAUGCGGUAAAGAAGAACAGAUGCAUCAUCCUCAAGAAGUUUAACCAGGGCGUGUCAGCUGAAGCUAAGAAACAGACAUGGGCUGAAAUCACGGCUCAGAUCAAUGCACUGGGCGAGAAUCACAGAGAGGUGCGUCAGAUCAUGAAGAAAUGGGCGGACCUCAAAUGUGACGGGAAGAGGCGCAUUGUUGCCCUGCGGGGCCCCAACGGCAGCACGCUGAGGAAGAAGAACCUGGGUCCUGUGGAGAAGAUGGUGCACAAAAUACUGGUGAUGAGUCCAACAGGAGAUGGCAACAGUGACCAGGAGUUUGGUGACGACGAUGACGCUUCAAAGCUUUUCUCGAAAAGCCCCAACGCCAGCGCUCCCCCGUACUCCUAUCUCGGCAUGACAGACAGCUCGCACUCGUUUCCUGGAGGAUUGGCAUUUGAUAUUUCUCCUCUCUCCUCACCUGAGAAAGACCUCAGUGGAGAUCCUUAUCAUUCCUCCUCUGAGUUUGACAUGGACAUGGGAGACGAUGGAGAACGCACCAUGGACUUUGACGAAAAUGACGACUCCUUGUUCUCCUCCCUCCCUUCUUCUCUUCCUCCGCCCUCCACCGCCCCCCUGGACCUGCUGCCUAAUAAUGCUCUGCUGAGGGCCAAACCAGUCCACACCUACUCCCGAAACAGCAGCCAGAACAACAACCACGUCCAGAACCACAACUCCACCAGACCUACGCCUGGACCCUCCUCUUCUGCCGACGCCGCUGCCUCCACCUCCUCCGCUGCCUCCACCUCCUCCGCUGUGCCCCCUGCAUCGAAUUCAGACGCCGCUUUGCCCUCUGCUGGGCCUCCUCUGUCGCACUCUCUCACAAGUUCCAACACGACAGCCUCCUCCCUCCCUCCUCCUCCACCUCCUGCCUCAUCUUCUACCGCUGCAGCCAGUGACACUACCUCUGACCCUGCUCCCUCCCCCUCCACUUUACCACCUCCUGCUCCCUCUACUGCUGUAACCUCCUCCUCCUCUUCCUCUUCCUUUGUGACCAUCGCUCCCUCAUUAUCUGUCCUCUUGUCCAACCCUCAGCAACCACCUUCAUUAACCUCCUCUACCCUCCCAUCCAGUCAACCUGCCACCUCAAUGUCCGACCCUCUCCCUGCCGGGGCGUCCUCCCACAGGUCCCAGGACCACGUGGCCCAAAUGGCGUUUCAGAGCGUGCAGCAGCAGCGGGCGAGCCGCAUGCUGCUGACGUCGGUAUCUCAGUCCCUGGAGGUGCUGGCCCAGUCUGUGCAGCUGCUGGUGGAGAGCCAGCAUGAGUUUGUGCAGGAGUCCCUGCUGCUGCAGAGGGAGACGGUUGACAUUCUGCGGGAUUUCUCCAGCACGGCGCUCACCAUGCUGCGGGACAAGUCCAACAGCGGGCAACACCCUCUUCCUCCACGCUUCUAAAGAACGAACAACGAGACGAGAAUGAGGAAGCCGUGCGGUGAAUAUUGUUUCUUCGCGUGUGUUGUCUAUUGAUUUUGUGACGGUUUUCAAGUUUUUUUUUUUAAAGUAAAGACGACACGUCAAACACACGACGAUGCAAAGGUUUGACCUGUAAUACCGAUUCAGAAUUUCCAAGUCCGCAUGGAGUGAAUGUCAUCAUCUGCCCACGUUGAUGAUGAUACACAUGUGAUACACUCUUGGUCAUCCUUGUACAGCCCUGAAAACUGUGGCCACAUGGAUUGUACACGCCGACUGUACAUGCUUGGACUACAAGAUAGAUGCUGACCUUCAGUUUUUAAUGCAGUCUCGGGCAUACGGUAUAAGCAUUGGCUCUCUGUGGACAUGGAAAGUAUGGAGAGGCUUCAGGAUUUUUCCCCUGACCACUUCCUGGACCAGAAUACCUGUCUAAUUACUGUUUUUACUAUGGUCAAAUAUUUGUAAUUUGUUCCCUUACUAUAAUAGGUUAGUGAAUAUGUCUUUAGGGAAUCCACCACAGAAGCAUCUGUCUAGAGUGGUGGGGGGGGGAUUACGGUGGUCUGAUACUUUCAGGAGUUUUUGUGAUAUGUUUCGUGAAUUCUUGCAACGUGCGCCAAAACUUUCCAGCCAACAAACUGAGUCACAUGAGCUCUGUUUUCACCAGGAAAAUAAACUUCAUCGCUGGUAUCUUCUUCUGAUGAGCAAAGAAAGCAUGAUGCAGGCCAAGCUGUGCUCACAGCGCCUUUUGUUGGACAGCUUCACAGUCUCUGAUGCACUUCUAGGCUCUAUAUUUUGGACUCCAAUGGGUUUUUAAGGAUUAAUCGUUUCAAUAAUUAAUAACUAGUCGACUAUGAAAAUAGUCAUUAGUUGCAACCCUAAUGUGUAUCCUUAUUAUUUAUAUGUAAUAAGGGAGGGGGUCCUCUGUUUUGUUCUGACAAAAAUGCUGAUGUAAUGACUAAGGAAAAUGAAACCUGUAUCCAUCAGGUUCUCUGUAGAAACUGCUGAUUGUUCUGUCUGGAGCCUGUCCCACCACAUGAGAAUGGGAAGACACCAGAUUUGUCUUUGACUGAAGUUGCUGUGUCACCGGAGCUAACACAAAUCCUUAUGUAAACAGCAGCUAUACAGGGUUUUGCAACGCAGCAUUAUACAAAGAUGGACUAAGAUAAAACCCACUGUGGGUCUUGUUUGUUGUCUGCUCUAUAAUCUGAUUAAAGUUUAUACUGUUUAUUUUCAAACCUUUGCUGUUACUAUGUCUCCUGCAUGUAUACAAGGAAAAACGACGGUGCUGACAAACAGCGGUGGGACAAACAUUUGUCUUGCACUGUUUGCACUUUCAUACCAGCAAUGCUGGCACUGUUCCUGUUGGGUUUUUAGUUCUGUUUGGAACCAGAGAAUCACAGUUAAGUAAAACAGAACCAAAGUUCCACCACCCUACAUUAUCAGUGGCAGAGGUUGCUCAAUGCAAUGUGGCAACGUGGCGGAUCGUGGUGCUGCUCUCCAGUUUCUACGGGAAUUCGGGGGAGCAAACUUUCCGUCUGUUCCAGGUAUUUCACCAGUAUGUUGUCCUUUCCUCUCUCUCAUGCACAGCUUACAUCGACACGCCUACUGAAGAUGAAACGGUUUUCAAGGGAAACACCAGGUAUUUUUUCUUUCCCGGUAGGAGCCAGUGUUUCGGGUUCUAAGCACCGGCCAGUUCAAAAAUUUGUUUAAGGAACUGGAAAUCAUGCCAGAGCCUUGUCAAUCUGAAAGGGUAAAGAGAUGUCGCUGCAGUGGUUUCUUUUUUAGAGAAGUUUGUUGAGUCACUGUUUUGAUUCAAAACAAUAUUUCCCACCUCUACAAUAGUGUUUCUACACAGAAAAAUGUUACAUUACUCUAAAAAACAUCUGUUAUUAAUGAAAUUUCUGUCUUUGCCGAUGACUUGGAGUAAGUUCAGUUUGAUGCUGUGUGAUGUUUGAAUGAUCCAACCACAGACUGUCAUGAAAUGUUCUGGUUAAAGUGAUCUAUAUAUACUAUAUAUAUAUAUAUAUAUAUAUAUUUUUUUUUAUUUCAAUAUUGUUUCUGUGGAAAAGAAAACGGUUCUAUUCCAGAGUGGAUCGAAGCCAGUGUUUGUGAAAUAUUUCAAGGUGUUAAGAGGUUGCUUUGAGACAUAUGUGGUUCAGUGUCUCUACAGAACUGAAGGUAAAACUGUACCUGAUGUGAUGUUUCCUACAACCAAACCUGAAGAAUAAAGAUUCUAUUUCAAGAUUA